AAUAUUUAUAUCAUAUAAUCCUAAAGUUAUUUUUUAACGUAUGUAUAUUUGACGUAACAAUGUUUCAUACUUUCAUAAUAAUUUUAUUUAUUUAUUGUGGUGAUGUGUAAAAAUUUCAAGUGCCCUGUGGAACGUGUUAAUGUUAAUCGAUUUUGGUAAAAUUUUAUUAUUUGUUAAGUCAGGGAGGAAUAUUAUAAUUUUGUCCCUCUCCGGCCCAAAAAGUGAUCAAAAAGUGACCUCAUCAAAAAUUAGUACCCCCCUGUAAAAUAUAAAUCAAAAUUUGUUGCAUAAAUAUUAUUUAUUUGUAUGUCAUGAGACUGAGAAGUAAGUCUUUUUGUGAUGAGUGAAUCACUUAAUUGAAGCACAAAAAGACACGUCUCAGCCGAAUAGCAGGCAUACAACAUUUUAUCUUCAAGGCACAGUUUUAUUUGUAAAAUGUACUUGAAUCCAAAUUGGAAAAAAAAAUUAAAUGGGUGAUUAUCCACAAGAUUUUGUGACGAAAAGUUAGGGUUAAGUAUCUCAGAUUUCGAGAUACAGGGUGUUAAAAAUGCAGGGAAAAUUUAAAUUUUAUAUUAACAUCUAAUAAAUGUGACGUUGUAAAAAUAAAUGUUUUACUUGCUUAAAUCUGAUUGUGCAAAUUUCUAAACCAACUGCUUUGCUUCUCUUAGAAAGCAGUUAUUGUACCUUUAUCGAUUACAUACUUUUAUGUAUGUAAUAGACAACGGCACAAUAACUAAGAACGAACGGCGAAUCGUAUACAAAAUUGAAAGAUAUAAAAAAGUUGCAAAUAUGAGUAAAAAUUUAGGAAAACAAUUAAAAAAACACUCCCUGUAUAUUAAAUGCAAACUUAGUACCAAAUUAAUCUGUUGUAGAGCAUGUUAAAUAACCUAUUUUUUUGGUUGGAUAAUAUUCAACCAAGUAUAAUAACGCAUGGAUACAAUAGAUACCUUUUGUCAUGAAUAAAAACACAAAAAAAAUAAAAUUAAAAUAGAGGACUUGACCUACUUUCAAUCAAAACACCUAAACAUAAAUAGGUAAUCAAUCAAAAUUUAACGUCUUAUUGAAAAAAAACGCAAGUAUACUUACAAACGCAAACCUAUAGAUUAUAUAAAAUUAUUUACAUUAAAUUUGUUUAUUUGCUUUUAUGUGAUUAAUGCCAACUUAAUUAUAACGAUUAAAACGAUUUUCUUUUAGGCACCUAUAUCAAAAAUAACAAAUAUUUUUUGAAGUAAAAUAAAGAAAAACCAGGCGAAGUUUAUUAUUUAAUGCUUCUAUCGCAUGCUAAACUAAGAAAAUACAUUUUUUAAACAAUUACCUGCAUAAUUAUCACAUGACAUCAGCUACAACUACAUGAAGCUGCAAGAAAUGAAAAACCAAAAGGCAAUUCCAAAUUCUUUAAAGUUCUACGAAUCCAUGAAAUUCCCGAUAAUUAUAUCGCAAUGCUUUGGGUUUUUUCCGAUAAGUGGGAUUACAAACACGAACUGCCAAAAUACAAAAUUUAAAUGGAGGACAUGGAGAAUGUUAUACGCUUUUAUAAUAUUUCUUGGAAUGUUGGUUAGCGUAGUGACGCAAUUUUUGAAUUGCAUUUAUUAUUCUCUUAAUAUUUAUGAAACGACUUCUUUGGUAUUUUCGGUUUUAAGUAUAGUGGACACUUUAUUAUUUUUUAAAGUGGCUUUAGAAUGGCAACAAAUUUGCAAAGAAUGGCAUAACGUUGAGAAGAUAAUGAAAAAUUAUGAUUCAAAUUCGUUGAACUUGAAAAGGCACAUUCAAGUUUUGUCAAUCAUUUUUUUAUGUUUUGGUGCAAUUGAACAUUUUUUGGUUUUGGCCUAUAAACUAAAGGAUUCAUUUAAUUUGUAUUCAAACGCAUACGAUGCCUUAAGACAUUAUUUUAGAAUAACAUCAGAAUCACACAUUUUUAAGUUUUUACCGUACAAUAUGUGGAUUUCUAUAUUUUUUCAGGUAACUGACAUCUAUAUUUAAACAUUGAAUAAAAAAUACAUUUUAGAUGGUGAACCUAAUAAGCACUUUUCUAUGGACUUACAUUGAUGUAUUUAUCAUGGUUAUUAGUACUGCGUUGACGUACAGGUGGAAGCUAAUACAUUAUAAAAUUAAAAAGCUUAAAAAGGCAAAUGUUUCAAACAUUUAUGUUUGGAGAACAGUAAGAGAAGACUACGUUCGUAGCUGUGAAUUAUUUGAAUUGGUGAAUAGAAAAAUUUCGUAUUUGGUCAUACUUUCUUUUACCGGAAAUUUAUAUUUUAUUCUUGUACAGCUCUAUAACAGUCUUAGACCUAUGCAGCACACCCUGGAAAAGAUUUAUUUAUACAUUUCAUUCAUUCUUUUAGUUCUAAGGAUUGUUUGCAUUUGUAUUUUUGGAGGAAAUGUUUAUGAUGAAAGUAAAAAAAUGAGGGCCAUUUUAUAUUCAUGUAAUAGUGAAAUUUAUAAUAAAGAAGUAAGUUAUUUAUUUAUGUACCUACAGUAGAAACCACCAAUAUAUGAACGUGACUCAUCGGGUGCCGAACAUAUCU